CGCGCUCCCCUCUCGUCCUCCGUCGAUAUCAAGCGUUCCUCUGCCUUGCUUAUUAUUUAUUUAUGAGUAGCCUAACUUAGAAAAAGAAACAGAGGCAGCAACCGGAUUGCAAUACCAAUAAAAAUAACAAGUCCAAGGAAGGAGGGGAUAACGGGGGAAAAAGACGGGGAAAGAGAGAGAAAAUGCAGUUUUUCUGACGUGUGUACGUUUCUCCUGUCUUCCUUUAUUAUAUCAUAUUUACAGCGUCUUUUCUUUCUUUGUUUCAACUUAAAGAGGGAAAUCAACAACAUAAGGUGAACUUCAGUAUUAAAAACAAAACAACUCCAAGACAAGCCACGAGUGAGGAAAAGAAAACGAGCGAUGCUUUCUCGUCUUCUCUCGUCUUCUCUCCUCUUCUCUUCUUUUCUAUUCUCUCCUCUCCUCUUCUCUCCUCUCCUCUUCUCUCCUCUCUUUUCUGUCGACGCAACACAAUGGAGUAUUUGUAUCUACUUGGUCGAUGGAUGUGCAACUUCUUUAUACCCAGGAGAAUUCGCCCAUCUCCUUUUUUCACCGGAAGAUUUCUCCCGCUGUUGGUCUUCCUCCAUGGCUUCGUCUUGCAUCCGGACCCGUGCCUCUCCCACCCCCAGCCAUGUCACAUCCUGGCUCGGAUCGGACACGCGGUUCGUCUCGGUGCUCUGCUUCCCACCGGACAACCAGCCAGGGUACAGAACGCUCUGAACAGAGCCUUGACCAGCCUGAAGCACCGGGCUGGAGAAGGCAUCCUGCCUCUUCUGCCCUACAACCUCACCCUGGAGGUGGUGUCUCGGUCCCCGUCUGGUGGCGACCCUGUCUCCCUGUCCAGGUGUGUGUGUCAGGAGCUGGUUGUGCAAGGGGUGACAGGUGUCCUGGCCUUCCCUCGUUCACCAGAGGAGAUCAUCCACAUCGACUUCCUGUCCUCCUUCCUGGAAAUACCUUUUAUAUCACUACUGGAGGACCUAGAACCACUCAGAGUUAAGAACCAGUUCCAUCUCCAAAUGUCAGUUCGUGUUCCACCCUCUCGCCUGGCCAACCUUCUGCUCUCUGUUCUCCAGGGGGUAGAGGGGGAGGAAAGGGGUGGAGGGGGAGUUGCUGUGGUGUGUCCUGGAUGGGAGGAGAGGGGGGAGGGACUAUUGAAACAUCUAGAGACACAGAAAGGAACAAGCUGGAAUCUACUGGAUAUCAUCAACCUUACACAUAUAGGAGGGGAGGAGAGGAGGGAGGAGAGAGGGAAGGAGGAGAGGAGGGAGGAGAGAGGGGAGGAGGAAAGAGGGGCUGAGAGAGGUGAAGAAACAAAUGAUGAGACCAGAGAAGACAAGAGGGAAGCUGAGGUCUUGUCUCUCCUCUCCCGUCGUCUUCUUCGCUCCGCCUCUCCUCUCUCCUCCGUGGUCAUCCUUGGUUCCGACCCAGAAUGUCUCUCUUCUGUCCUCCGUUGCGCUCAGCGUCUCGCUCCCUCACUCCCCACACUGCAGUGGAUUAUGGGUAACCCUCUGUCACCUGACUCUCUCCUCUCGCUGGGCGGGCCCCUCGGCCUAUUGGCUUAUGGAGAGGUGGGUCGUAAGCCCAUCACCUUCUACAUCAGAGACGCGCUGCGGUUGAUUGGCCAGGCGGUGACGUCGGCCAGUGAGCUGAGGCCAGACCUGGCUCUGAUCCAGAACCUGGUCAACUGUUACGACAAACCUAACAAAGAGGAAGUGCCCUCGUCUGGACAGUACCUGGCCAGGUUCCUCUCCAACACGUCGUUCCAGGGUUCUACGGGCACGGUCCAUGUGGCACCUGCUCUCUCCCAGGUCCUCUCCUCCCAGCUGUACCACGUGUGGAGCCUGAAGAGAGGUCCUCUUGGCCAGCCGUCCUGGGUCACCGUGGCCCACUGGACCACCGGGCGCCUACAGCUGGACGAGGGGGUGUUGGGGCUGGGGGUCGGGGCUGGCCUGGGGCUAGGCCCAGGGAGAAGGACAGGGUCCGGGUCUGGGUUAGGGGUCCAGAGAGGGGAUAGGGACAGAGACAACAGUCCUGGAGGGAGAUGGAGGCCGGGGCUACAGAUGUCGGGCCGGAGAUUAAGGGUCGUGACCCUGGUGGAGCAUCCAUUCGUGUUCACUAGAGAGGUGGAUGAGGACGGGCUGUGUCCCGCUGGUCAGCUGUGUCUGGACCCGAGGACUAACCGCUCAGAUCUACUGGACACACUGUUCAGUCACCUGCACCAGACCAAUACAACUACUACCACUACUGACCACAACCCAACAGAGGACCUGCGGAAGUGUUGCUAUGGUUAUGUUAUUGACCUGUUGGAGAAGCUGUCGGAGGACCUGAUGUUCACCUUUGACCUUUACAUCGUGGGAGACGGGAAGUACGGAGCAAUGAGCAGCACUGGGAGUUGGUCCGGUCUGGUGGGAGACCUGCUGAGUGGAACAGCAGACAUGGCAGUGACAUCAUUCUCCAUCAACUCAGCCAGGAGCAGAGUUAUAGACUUCACCUCUCCAUUCUACUCUACCUCUCUGGGGAUACUGGUGCGUAGCCAAGACACAUCAGCCCCUAUUGGGGCCUUCAUGUGGCCUCUCCAUUGGUCCAUGUGGGUGGGCAUCUUCGUCACUCUUCAUCUUACCGCACUCUUCCUCACUGUCUAUGAGUGGAACAGUCCCUUUGGUAUGACUCCUCAUGGCAGGAACAGACUCAGGGUGUUCUCCUACUCCUCAGCCCUCAACCUCUGCUAUGCCAUCCUGUUUGGACGCACUGUCGCUACUAAGACUCCUAAGUGUUGGACCAGUAGGUUCCUGAUGAAUCUGUGGGCCAUCUUCUGUCUGCUGGUGUUGUCCAGUUAUACAGCUAACCUGGCUGCUGUCAUGGUGGGGGAGAAAACCUUUGAACAGGUGUCUGGGAUUCAUGACGAGAAGCUGCACCACCCAUCCCGUGGGUUCAGGUUUGGGACAGUCAGAGAGAGCUCUGCAGAGGACUACAUGAGGAAGAGUUUCUCUGCUAUGCAUGACUACAUGAGACGUUACAACCAACCCACCACACCAGACGGAGUGGACAUGUUAAAGACAGAUCCUCCCCUACUAGAUGCCUUCAUCAUGGAUAAAGCUCUAUUGGACUAUGAAGUCUCCAUCGAUGCUGAGUGUAAACUAGCGACUGUGGGCAAGCCUUUUGCUAUAGAGGGGUAUGGUAUAGGUGUUGCCCAAGGCUCUCCUCUCACUGCCAACGUGUCUGAAUUCAUCAGUCGCUACAAGUCAGAAGGGUACAUGGACAUAUUACAUGAGAAAUGGUACAAGGUGGUGCCAUGUGGGAAACGAGUGUUCACAAACACUGAGAAUUUAUCAAUGGGGAUAGAUCAUUUCUCAGGCCUGUUUGUGAUGUUGUGUGUGGGGGUGGUUGGAGCCAUUUUUACCUUGGCAGCUGAACACACCUUCUAUCACCUAGCCCUGCCCCGGCUACGGCGGUCACACACACUCACCUACUGGUUGCAUACCAGCCAGAAGAUCCAUCGAGCCCUGAACACCCCUUACAAGGACGUAGGGAAAGAGUUGAUUGGCCUGGACCACAAUCCCUCCCCUUGUGUCUCUGACAGCUGCAGCCUCCACAGACACCAGCAGCCUCGCCCUCCUCCCCCGUCUUCCCCCCUGCCUGCCCCCCCUCCUCCUCAGCCCUCCUCUCCUGCCCGGGACAUCAAGGAGAACAAGAGGGUCCACUUUGAUCUGGAGAGUCUACACAGCUACCGUCUACACACACACACCGCCUCGUUCUGGGGACGUCCUGGCAUGGUGGGGCGACACGGCCUGGGAGGGUGUCUGGGUGGUUUAUCUCCUCCUCAGGUUAGCCUGCAUGCUAACGGUGGCCCAGCAUCGGCCCUGGCCUCCCCCGGCCUGGCCCUGCCUCCUUUGGGGAACCCAGGCAACCAGGCCUUCCUGUGGGAGGGAGAGCUCCAGGAGGUCCAGGGGAGGAUCGAGACGUUCACAGCCCAGCUGAGAGACGCCGUGGCCAGGAGGGCCGAGAUACAGACCUGCCUGGAGAACCAUAAAAUGAACUUGAGCACAGCUACUGCUGUCAAACUGGAGAAAGACAAGGUUGGCCAGUCACAAAGCCUGGAGAGAGUGAGAACCAACGCAGAGAAAGAUAGAACCAAGGAAGAGAGAGAGGGGCUCAACCAGGAGAAAGGGAGGAGUGGCAGAUCAAACCUCUGUUGCAGCCUGGACAGAAACAGAGACAGAGACAGGACAGGCAGGGACAGUUCCACUAUGAGACAAAAAGCCAGACAGGACACAGACAGGGACAGACUGUUACACCAAUCAGAAACUGAGAGAGACCGAGAUGGCCAAUCAAAAAGCCUGGACAGAAAUGGGAGCAGCCAAUCACAUGCCUCCAACAUUCUGCAGACAGGGAGGAACAGCCAAUCAGAAGCUCUGACCAUCCUACAGAGGAGAGAGAUCCAAUCAAAAACCUCCACCAGCCUGGACAGAGAGACAUCCAACCAAUCAGGUGCUGUCAAUACACUGCAGGGAGAAAGAACUGUCCAAUCACGUAACUCCACCAGCCUGGAGAGAGGAAGAGUCAGGCAAUCAGGUGCAGUGAAAGACCAGGAGAGGGGGAGAACUGUCCAAACACGGACAGGGGCUAGUCUGGACAGACUGAAAGCUAGCCAAUCCAGUGCCGGCACUGGGAAUCUGGUUAGAGAACGUCCCGCCCCCAUGGACACCCAGAAGAGUUUGUGUUAGUCAUUUGAUUGGUUAUUUAUAAGAACACAAAAGACCAAUUAGAGGGCUGGGAAAAAAAUAUAACAGGUCCAAAUGAUGAUGAGUUUAAAAAAACUAUGACAGAGAUGUGGCACUGGUCCAUUUGCCCCUGAUGUCAACGGCUGCUGUCUGUUAACAAAAUGUCUGAUCAGAACUUUACCCAUCUACUGUUUGUCUCCACUAGGUGUGUUUCCUUUUUGUUUCUAACUACUAAUAGCUCUCUCUCUCUUCAUCUCGUACCCCUGGGUUGUGUUCACUAGGAACCAAACAGAAGCAAACAGAACAAAACGGGACCUACCUGAAUUGGUCCAAUAGACAAAUCUCGUUUUUGUUGCAGAUGGUUUUUCUGUUUGGAGCGAACGAACGGUUUCCGUUGGUUUGUGACACUGUACACACCCCAGGUCUGUAGUCAGUUCUGAGUGGGUCAUUCAAGGUACACAUGGGGCUCCUAAAUGUUCAAUCAAGUGCUAUCUCCGCCCAACCGGGUAAGAAUCGGCUAUCCCAGAGGGCAAACUACACGUGUCCACUGUCAUUGUCCUGACUGAUCCACUAUAAGGACCUUGAGUUGGUUUGAUACUAUGCAGUUGAAUUGAAUUUACUUUAAUGGAAUUUGUAUGUUGGAUGUCAUGGUGGUGUCAAAUGUAUGUAACAAAAGUCGAACCUGGAAGUGGAUGAAAAAGGUGGACGUGGAAAGAGAGAAGGCGGUUGUAUUUGAGCCUAUAGCAGGUGUUUUAGAAGAGAUGCAGGUUGCUAGGUUACCUGUAGAGGACUGAGGAGUGUUGUAGAUAUGUUGUUCUGGUGUUGAUGGGUCGUGUUCGGUGUCCCAGAAUGCUGCCUAUAACAACAGCUAUAUUCUCACACACAACAGAAUUGUAUCAGCAUAUUAUUGGGACUCGUAUCAUGUUGUUGUAUAUCAUUUCCAUAUUUUUAAAUUAAACAUUUAUAUACUGGUUUUAAUGCAACGAAUUACCACAGACUGUAAUGACAGUCUAUACCACAAGGUGGUGCCUGGAUCUCACACACACACACACACACACACACACACACACACACACACACACACACACACACACACACACACACACACACACACACACACACACACACACACACAACCUACUCAACUAAGCAACUGAAACCUUCUUCAUGGAUGAGAAGGAAAAUAUUAUAAUAUUUCACUGUCAUAGUAAUAACAAUUUUCAUUUUGUCUUUCCCUCAAUUCUGUGAUAUUUAGCAACACAGAGAUGCCCCCCCACCCCCAACACAUACACACAAUCACACAUAAAGGUGUGCACACACACACAAUCACCCAGUUAUAGUAAUUCGCUGUGAAAUUAAAACAAACCUCUCAUCGUUAAUCCACCCAAAAUCACACGCUCUGAUUACAUGAUCCUGAUGAGCAAUUAGAACACUGCUGCGCCUCACUCCUAUGAAUCAAAGCUCAGAUUUAACUCAUCUGUACAAGUCUGUGUGUGUGCGUGUGUGUCACAGUGAACAAAAUGAGGUCAGACAACAGUUGUAUCUAAAUGUAUGGAUGUUAUACAUCUGACAUAUUUACAUAUUUACUCAGGCAUACGGAGCAGAGGUAGGGGAAAAUAUAUGCAUACACACGGUCCCCAUUCCCAGUGACCCUGGUCUGUGUGAAGCCUGCAGGAUAUUUUAGUCUUAGUCACGCAUGUUAGAACACACACACAUUAACCCACGCAUCAAAAAAGAUAUCUUUCUGCAUCACUGUUUGUUGUUCUCUCUUCAUCUCUUUCUCCAUCUCCGUCCCUUCAUAUCUCUGUGAGAAGUGAGACAGUACGAGAUAUGGACAGACAGUAGAGAGAGAUAUGGACAGACAGUAGAGAUACAUAUGGAUACAGUAGAGAGAGAUAUGGACAGACAGUAGAGAGAUAUAUGGACAGACAGUAGAGAUACAUAUGGAUACAGUAGAGAGAGAUAUGGACAGACAGUAGAGAUGCAUAUGGAUACAGUAGAGAGAGAUAUGGACACAGUAGAGAUACAUAUGGAUACAGUAGAGAGAGAUAUGGACACACAGUAGAGAUACAUAUGGAUACAGUAGAGAGAGAUAUGGACACAGUAGAGAUGCAUAUGGACAGACAGUAGAGAGAGAAAGAGAUAUGGACAGACAGUAGAGAGAGAUAUGGACAGACAGAGAGAGAUAUGGACAGACAGUAGAGAGAGAUAUGGACAGACAGAGAGAGAUAUGGACAGACAGUAGAGAGAGAUAUGGACAGACAGUAGAGAGAGAUAUAGACAGACAGUAGAGAGAGAAAGAGAUAUAGACAGACAGUAGGGACAGUAAGAGAUAUGGACACAGUAGAGAGAGAUAUGGACACUGUAGAGAGAGAUAUGGACACUGUAGAGAGAGAUAUGGACACUGUAGAGUGAGAUAUGGACACUGUAGAGAGAAAUAUGGACACAGUAGAGAGAGAUAUGGACAGACAGUAGAGGGAAAGAGAUAUGGACACAGUAGAGACAGUAAGAGAUAUGGACAGACAGUAGAGAGAGAAAGAGAUAUGGACACAGUAGAGAUAUGGACAGACCGUAGAGAGAGAGAGAGAUAUGAAAGAGCUAUGGACACAGUAGAGAGAGAAAGAGAUAUGGACAGACUGUAGAGACAGUAAGAGAUAUGGACAGACUGUAGAGACAGCAAGAGAUAUGGACAGACAGUAGAGACAGUAAGAGAUAUGGACAGACAGUAGAGAGAGAAAGAGAUAUGGACACAGUAGAGAUAUGGACAGACAGUAGAGAGAGAGCGAUAUGGACAGACAGUAGAGAAAGAUAUGGAGAGACAGAGAGAAGGGUUUGAGACAGAGAAGGGAAUGAGACAGACAAGAGCAGAGGCCUUUGUGUUGUUCUGUUGAAUCACUCCUCAUAUGAAGGCCACCUCAGUCCUCCGGACAGUUCUACACACACACACUGCUGCAGAAUGUUGAGAUGUCUGUGAUGGAGUGUGUGUGUGUGUGUGUGUAGAGGCCAGAUGGUGAGGGCCCUAGGGAUAGUCAACCAGGACUGACUCAGCCCUCAGUGGGAGGGGGGACUAACUCUCUCUCCUCCAUCCCUCGCUCUCUCUCUUUAUCCCUCCCUUCUCUUUCAUAUCCCUGUCUCUGUAUUAGGAGUAUAGAUUUUACAAGGGGUUAGCAGGGACUAACCAAUAGUAGAAUUCAUUAAAGAUAUCUGAUAACAACCCA